AUGACCGUCGUGGAGUUGUGCGGGCAAGAGAGUUGGGAGGCCCUGUGGGGUGCCGUGCAGGAUUGGCUGGCGGGCACAGAGGACGGCGGAGUCCGCGCUGAGUGUGCGGCCUUCAUGGAAAUCUGGCCGGGCUCCAUCAAGGUCCAGGACGCCAGGCCCUUGGAAGAUGCGGAGGACGGCGCCGACAUGGAUGUGGACGACGAUGAGGGACUGCAAAAUGAAUUGCUCGCCGUGGUUGGGCAAGUGAAUGAACUCAGGGCUACUGUGCCAUUGACCGCUGUGGGAGGGUUUGAAGAGAGCCUUUACGCCAAAUGUGGGAGAACAGGCGUUGGCAGCACAGGCCUGUGCUCAAGAUUCGAUGCUGAGGUUAAGGAUUUACAAGACGUUGGCUGCUCACAUCCAAUCAUCGAGCAUCAAUCCUUGGAGGAGGUCCGAAAGGCAGUCUCCGGUGGAGUGGGGGAGUUGUCUGCUGUCAAGGAGUGGAUGUUGCUCAGCCGCAAGCAUUUGGCAAAUGCCAUCGCCGCUGUUCGGACCGAUGCACCGCCAGGCUAUAAGACCACCCCACUGUCAGAAUCAAAUAGAAGGCAGACUCCGAACAGUGCGAAGACUAGGGGCAGGCUGAAGAGAAUGACAAAGCCGAUCGCAAAGCCACGUUUGGACGAUCUAUGA